UCUAAUUUGAAAGCAUCACAAGACACACCUUCUUCCCUUUCCUCAAUGUUUCUAUGCUCUAAGGAACACACAGCAAGUUCUUGAAUGCUACAUAUUACUUCAUCAGCAGAGUUAUAAGUUUUCUCUGCCAGGUUGAGGUGUGAUUUCUUUUUCUCUGCAUCUUAUUUCAUGGAGAAAAUGAGAGAGAAUAUUUCAGAAACUUGGCUAGUUUUGAUCUCAGUGAUAUUGGUCACGGCCAUAUUUGCAAAAAUAAUUCUAUUCAAGUUAGGGAAGGAAGAUAAAAGAAAAUGCAGAUUACCACCAGGAAGGAGAGGGUGGCCUUUGAUUGGAGACAGCAUCAAUUGGUACAAUGCUGUUGCAAGUUCUCAUCCUCCUCAGUUUGUUGAAGAAAUGGUGAAGAGGUAUGGUAAGAUAUUUUCAUGCAGCCUAUUUGGCAAAUGGGCAGUGGUGUCAGCAGAUCCAAGCUUCAACCGCUUUGUAAUGCAGAAUGAAGGAAGAUUAUUCAUUUCCAGCUACCCAAAAUCUUUCAGAGAUUUGGUCGGAAAAAAUGGUGUGAUCACAGUGCAAGGAGAGCAACAAAGGAAGCUACAUGGAAUUGCCUCCAAUAUGAUGCGUCUGGAGAAGCUUAAGUUCCACUUCUUGAAUGAUAUCCAAAAGGUCAUGGUCCAAACUUUGGGCAAUUUUAACAACAACCAAGUCAUUCUUCUCCAAGAUGUUUGUAGGAAAGUGGCUAUACAUUUAAUGGUUAAUCAACUAUUGGGGGUUUCAAGUGAGUCUCAAGUCAAUGAAAUGGCUCAGUUGUUUUCUGACUUUGUUGAUGGUUGUUUAUCCAUUCCAAUCAACAUCCCUGGAUAUGCAUACCACACUGCUAUGAAGGCAAGGGAGAAUAUCAUAAGCAAGAUAAACAAGAUCAUUGAGGAACACAGACAAAAGGGUGCUCCAAUGGAAGGCAGUGGUGUACUUGGAAGAUUGCUAGAGGAAGAAAGCUUGCCAGAUGAUGCUGUUGCGGACUUCAUUAUCAAUCUUCUCUUUGCCGGAAAUGAAACAACAACCAAAACAAUGCUCUUUGCAGUCUAUUUCCUUACUCAAUGUCCAAGAGCCAUGAAGCAGUUGCUGGAUGAACAUGGUUCACUGAGGAGUCAUUCUGGAGAUGAAUUGCUCACAUGGCAGGACUACAAAGCAAUGUCAUUCACUCAAUGCGUCAUUGAUGAAACACUGAGACUUGGGGGCAUUGCAAUUUGGUUAAUGAGAGAAGCAAAAGAAGAUGUUCAAUACCAAGAUUUCAUUAUUCCCAAAGGGUGCUUUGUGGUUCCAUUUCUUUCAGCAGUCCAUUUAGAUGAGAAAAUAUACAGUGGAGCUCUAGACUUCAAUCCUUGGAGAUGGAUGGAACAUGAAAAUGAGGAAAAGAGAAACUGGAGAAGUAGUUCAUUCUAUGCACCAUUUGGUGGAGGUGCCAGAUUCUGUCCAGGAGCAGAGCUGGCACGCCUUCAAAUUGCUCUUUUUCUUCAUUACUUUGUUACUACAUACAGAUGGACACAGAUGAAGGAAGAUAGGAUGUCCUUCUUUCCCUCUGCUCGUUUGGUGAAUGGUUUUGAAAUCUGUCUAACAAGAAGACAGGAUGAGACAGAUUAAAAGAUGCACAAAGUUCACCUCAAAAUCAACCCUAGUUCUUCACUAAUUUUCAGUAAUUGUUUUCUCUGGCUAUUGUUUUUGCUGAGUUCUUUCUCAGUUCUCCAACAACAGUAUGUUUCAGAGUUCAAAUUCUGCAGUCACUUGCCAUGUAUAAAAUAUGAAUGUAAAAUUAUAUUUUUAUAUUGUAACAUGUACAUUACUCCUAAAAGGUUGUAUAGCAUACACCAAUUCAGUU